AUGGCGGUGAAUUUAACGAUCUUUCUGCCACUGACAAAGUGACAGAACGUACUUCAUAGAGCUGGUUUUGUUUCAAACUUAGUGUAAAGAUGACGAUGACAUCAACAGCAAAUGAGAAGAAUAACUAUCCUACAUGCUUUGGACAGGUUAAUUUCAGUCAGGAGGAGCAUGCAGCCAUACAAGGAGCUCUGAGACAGAGGUUAGGGCCAGAGUUCAUCAGUCAAAGGUCGGGAGCAGGAGGUCAAAAGCUUGCGUACAUUGAAGGAUGGCGUCUGAUCAGCUUAGCAAAUGAAAUGUUCGGCUUUAACGGAUGGUCUCACUCUGUCACGCAUCAAAACAUAGACUUUGUCGACCAAGCCGGCUCCAAGUACUUUGUUGGUGUUAGCGCUUUUGUAAAGGUGCAACUAAAGGAUGGUGUGUUUCAUGAGGACGUCGGGUAUGGAGUAAGUGAAGGGAUGAGAUCCAAGGCAUUAUCCAUUGAGAAAGCCAGGAAGGAGGCUGUCACUGAUGGCUUGAAGAGAGCUCUCAAGAGUUUCGGAAACGGACUUGGCAACUGUCUGAAUAACAAAGUGUAUCUAAGAUGUAUUGGUAAAGCUCCUAAACCACCUGAUGAGACAUUAAGUAUCGCUGAUAUGAAGAGAAACACUGUGGACCAAAAGAUCCUUGAAGCACGCUACCGACCUCAGACUAGUGCCACUCCUCUAGGACUUCAACCACCCUCUCGCUCCUUUAACUCCGCAUCCAGAGUUGGAACCAUUAUGGAUGAGACUGUACCUCAACAACCAAUGAUCUCCCCUGUUCACAUCGGAGCCAAGACUUCACAGUUUGUUCCACUCAAGAAAAGUACCAAUGAUUCUGCAUCAUUUGUACCACCCAAGACACCAGUUUCAAGUCAUCUUCCAGCCAAGCACCAACCUCGUACUCCAGUAUCACCAUCAUCUUCACAUAGACAAAGUUUACCCGUCAACAGGCAACAUGAACAACAGACAUCAACCCUAUCACCGAGACAAUUGAAAGUCGAUGCUGCUUCGUUACCCAUUGUCAGUGGCCUCAAUUCAUGUACAAAUAAACCAAGUACAGCAGUGGCUGUGUCGGGCCAACUCAAAACUGCGGCAGGGACUAUUCUUGCGACGGGACAACACAAAACUCCAGCAGGGCCCCUUUUUGUGUCUGAACAACACAAAACUUCAGUGAAACAACACGUGCCUGCUGCAGUGCGAGAGCAUUCUGCUGCCGGACCCAUUCAAGCAACAGGGCACCAGAAUAUGACAGCAGCACAGAGCAGUACUGCAACAGCACAACACAUGACAUCAACAACUGUGCAAAAGCUACACACCUUAGGAGAACCCAUUCCUGCAGCGUUACAACGCAGGGCCUCGUUUGAUAAACCAGGAGACACAAAACGGGUUGAUAGAGGAGGACACAGUGAUGUACAGGUUGACGGAAACACUGAAAUAGUUUGCCAAGCUGUGAACAUCGAGGGCCAAGGAGAAGGUCAGGUCAGGACAAGAGAAAGAGAGGAUCCUACAGAGGUCUUGGACCCUAUUCAAGCUGUAGAUUCCGGAUUGCCAUCAGAAACCAAUGCAUCAUCAGGAGGCAAUCUGACCAGAGAGCAACGCAAACUCCGCCAGCUACAGAAGCAGCGAGAGUUCAGGGAGCAGCUCUUGCGCAAACGUCAGGAAGAGUCACAUCCUCAGUCUGACCCUGGGACUAGAGGACAAGAUGAGGGCACUGUAGCACCACAACAGAGAGACAUCGUCGAUGAUCAGCAUGUUGCUUCUGUCAGGAAAGAAGAGCAGAUAUCAUACCAUGAAGAGGAGGUUCCCAUGGCAACCUCUACCCCGUUAGAUACCGUCUUGCUUACUACCGCAGGUAGUGUGACCUCGGCCGUCAAUGCUGACCACUCACCAGCCGCUGCACAGACGCACUUCACUGAUAUUGAGCACAUACUUCUUGCUGAUGAUGACCCAGAGUUCUGGAUCGCCUCACAGAAAGCGAUUCCAAAUGGUGAGAUCCAGCCGAGGACAAUACCCCAACAAUACCCCACCCCAUCAAAAGGGCAACCUGGACACUGCAGGCAAAGGGUACCGAGAAGUUCCCCCCGAACCCACAAACCCAGAGCAACGCCCCAGAAAACAGUUGUUCAUAACACAAGAGGGCAGGCUAUCUCCAUCGCCCCAUCUGCCAAUCAGAUGGGGAGGGUACAGCAACCAGCCAAUGGGAGAGCAGGAGGCUCUGAUGGUGCUGGGUCAGUAACAAGACACAGGCUUGGUGGAAAGGAGAGUGUUUCACACCCAAGAGAUAACGAACGUUCAGCAGUAAAACGAAGGAGGAUGGAGUCUUUAUAAUCCCAUGAGGACCAGACUACACAUUGACAAGACACAGGAAGCGCUGCAUUGAAUGGUAAAAACAGAGCUCUCUGUGGUAUGGAUUUGACGCUCAGACAAACAUCUUCCAUGUACCAAAGGCAAAUGUGGGGUGACAGGCCGAGGGGAUAAGAGCACCGAAGCUCUGGUGAUUCUGUUCAGCAGAGUGUGGGUUUGAAGCCCGGUCGUGACACUUGUGUCCCUGAGCGAGACACUUCGCUAUAUUUGCUUCUCUCUACCCAGGGGUAAAAUGGGUACCUGUGAGG